AUGAGGCGCUGCCUAUGCUCCGGCCGUCCUCUACAAAUCGGUCGUACCAUCAACUCACGCGUCCUAUCCUUUCCUCCCUUCUCCAGAUCCCCGAUUCGACCCAUCAAUAAUAUCCAAUCCAUCUCGACAAAACACAGUCUGGCCGGCAAGGAAUUCGACAAGUUACUGAAACUUGACAGCCUUCCACCAAUUCCUCUGAAGGGGCUCUCUCGCAAAUCGCCCGAUGCCUGGAUAACAUUAGUGGAAGAAUGUUUGCAGGCGGAUUCCGAAAAAGGGAACGUCGCGGAUAGGCGCAAGUCUGCCGCUUCGAUUUUAGAUCACCAAGAUGAUCUCAAACAGAGCUAUCUCUUGAGUUCAUAUCUCUACCUGGCACGUCUUUCCGCAGAUUUAGUCCUUCCUAUACAUAUCGGUUUCGAGCGGAAGCAAUGGUCUACUGUGCUCGCCAUAUUCAACAAUGCAAUAGACACAUACGAGCUCCUCAUUCCUCAUAUGACCCCACUGAAUCCCUCAAUAGGUUUCGAUUGGAAUGCGAGUGGUCUUUCGCUGGACGAGAUAUCGGGUGACAGGCUUGGCAAACUUGAAGUGAAUUUUCAAGCAUCUGCACCAGAUAAUGUUUGUUUCGAUAUCUUGACACAUCGACCCGCCGCGCGACUCUUUGCCAACAGAUUAUUGGGCCAAGUCUUCAUGGAUCUGGGGUCAUUGAUACUAGAAGCUGCAGAUCGUCCUACGGAGGAGUCCAAAAUGGCCAUGUCCUAUGUUCAUCGUGUCCUUGCUCGUCUGCACCAUCUGGAUCUGAUCUCAGACAGAAUAUACCAAUACCCAGAGAAGCGCACCAGUGAUAUAAUCUUCCAUCCCCCUGCGCUGAACUUGCUGUCUGGUCAUAUAAUGGCUGUCUUGUCCGAUGCAGCGUGGCAGGAGCAUCAGUCCGCGAUCACAGUUGCAUCCACCGAGGCAGGAGAGGAACCACUAUUUCUCCCCUUCAAAGUAGGUGUGCGUGAGCUGGGCCCUGAAAUCUGGAUGGAGCUUAUUCUUUGGUGCUGCAUCGAGCACGGCUUUACAAAAUACGGCGCCUCUCUAAUAGAAGAGAUGAUGAAGCGAAAGGGGGAUAAGGCAUGGACGGCUGAGAGCUGGAGACCUUUGAUCAAUAAUCUGGAUGUGGUGCGCCGAACCAAUAUCAGCACUGAGCAGUAUUGGCGACGUUCGAGUAAUGAUCAUAUACCCAAGGCAUCCAAGCGCGACAAACCUCCAUUUCAUGGUCUUGGUAAUAGAACCAUCAGCUUGGAGGUGGUUUCCAGUCUGCGAGACGGCCUCUCCAACGCAGCUUAUAAUGGACUUGGUAAUUAUGGCGCCACACCUCGGGAUCUACUCAAAGCGGCUGCUCCUUUGAGUGGCCUGCUCGAACGACAGGGCCCCAAGGACGACCUUCGACCAACAUGCAAGCACACCAACUGGAAUAUUACGCGAAUCAUGCGAUCAGGCUGUCUGCGUCCCGAGAAAGAUCCUCUCUCUUUUGCACGUUUACUGAGGUCCACUCAAAACAUGGUGCCACCUUGGCCUGAAACUGACAUAACAGAGCUAAAACAGCUGGACAGCUUCACGAGAGGACAGCUGUAUGACGAAUCAGCGGCUAUUGCUGGUUUGAUCGAAUACAGCAUAAAAACCUUUUCUUAUGAGCGCCAAUCUGAGCCCGCUUUUGCCCAAUUCGCCUUGCUUCAAAGCAUUGCCGAUGCCAGUAAGGCUCAUCACAUCCGCGCAUUUUUUGAAUGUCUUGGCCAAUCCGACCCCUUAAAUGUCCCAUUCUUCGAUUCAGAAGCCUCUCCAUUAUCCCAGUCAUCUCUCCCGCAAGUCUCACGUGCUACCCUGGCUGAUUUGCUCGAUCUGGCGACUUCAAAUCAGGCAUAUGAAUUUGGAGAGUGGUUGCUCUUCAAUGAUGAUCUUGACGGCCCCACCAUUCCCGAGAGUGCUUACGGCGAUCAAGUCCUAGCACCGUCCCUUCUCCGUUUUGCUUCUGCGACAAAUAAUGUCGAGCUCAACAAGCUCAUCGUUCAAUCGAUCAAAUCACCGAUCUCCGUCAAUACGCUGAAAGCCCUGGUCAACGUCUAUUUUGUGUUCAACGACUGGGAACGUGCGGUCUUGACCCUCCAAUUUUUGCGCGACUACAGAGCCAAGUCCUGGGGGUUCAGUAAUGUUACAGUGCUUGCAAGAGAAAUUAUCGUGCGAGAUGCUGCCAUUAAGCACAAGCAGGCUCAUGGUGGUGAUGUGAAAGAUGAUAUUGCAAAUUUGACACGUGCCAAGAACACGAUGCUCCGUUUCUUCAAUGAGGAAUUCAACUCAUCCAGGGGCCAGUUCCCAAGGGCGGCUGUUUUCCAACAAAAAGUUCUUCAACGAUUAUAUAACGUGUUUAUGACUAUCCCUGGCGUCCUGCCUGAACUGCUUGCAGAUGCAAAGCUCAAGCAUACCUACAAGAGCCACCAGAGACUGCACUACAUCCCCCCUGUCGCCUUCCACCCUCUCUUAUCCGCCGUCGUGGAAACUCAAGGCAGCACGGCAGGCAUGCAAGUCUGGAUGAGAUGGUGUCGAACAGCCCUGGGUCCCGAUCGCAAGCGCCAACGAGAAGGAGGUAUAACCCGUCUUAAGCUCCGCUAUGAGAACACGAUGGACUUCGACGUCAAGUGGCAUACCCAUAUCCAAGAAAAGGCCAUUGUUCCAAACUUGAACACAAUCCGCAUCAUUUCACGAGCCGCCAUUAAGGAAUACGAUUUGGAGAGAGCAACUAAAACCACCUCUUCUUCCUCAAAAUCUCCAAAUUUAUCUGCCUCCUACAAACUCCCCCUCUCCAAAUUCACCUACCCACACCAAACUCAUAAGGGCGGUCGCCCCCCAAAAACAGAAGUUGAGAAAGUCCUUGAUUUCUGCGUUACCACGUUCCUCAGUUCAGGCAUGCCUGAACAUGACGUCGAGCUCGAAGUCCCGGGCUAUUUGGCUUAUCUACGAUGGCGAGGCGUCUUCACCGGUCAGGGGAAGCAUAGCAGAGAUUCAUUCAAGGAUUCCUUGCAUGAUCCUUGGAUAAAGCGCGUGGCGACUGGCUCUGGGUUAUAG